UUUCCCAGUCAAGCGUGCUGCCAUUUCUUUGCGGGAUGUGGGCCACGGCGGCGUGGCUGCGGGGCUCUAGCUCCCCGCUGCGGGCCUUGCAUAGCUCCGCCGCCUCCUGCGGCAGCAAGAACUUGCUCAAGAAAUUUGCCUCUAAAACCAAAAAGAAGUUUUGGUAUGAAGGUCCUUCCCUGGGGUCUCACUUGAAUCACAAGCAGUCAAAGUUCGAAUUCCUCACAAAGAACACCUCAAAGAAGACUAGGAAGGAAGAUCAUGUGCGUCUGAGGGCCCUGAAUGGCCUCCUUUACAAAGCACUGAUGGAUUUGCUGUGCACCCCUGAAGUGAGCCAGGAGGUCUAUGACCUGAAUGUGGAGCUCUCCAAGGUUUCGCUGACAUCAGACUUCUCAGCCUGCCGAGUGUACUGGAAGACAGGUCUCUCUGCAGACCAGAACAAGCACACGCAGGCCGUCCUGCAGAGGAGCGCCGCCUACAUGAGGCACCUUUUGAUAACUCAGCAGACCCUGAGGAAUGUCCCACCCAUAGUGUUUGUUCAAGACAGAAAAGACACAGUGUUGGCUGAGGUAGAUCAAUUAUUGGCGGGGGCUGACUUUGGACCUCCGGAUGAAAGGGAUGACUUGGCACAGGAUGCUUUGAGGAAACAUGGUAUCUUGUCAUCACAUGAUACCCCAGAACCUACCACACACCUCAGUCUGUGUGGGAUUGAUCAUGAGGCACUCAAUAAGCAAAUAAUGGAGUAUAAGUGCAGGAAGGAGAAAGGGCUCCCGUGCAUGAGCCUGGCGCUACCAUCAGAGCAGAAGCAGGUGACUGAGCUGACUCCACUGCUGAGGAGGAGAAAGAAGUCCUCAUCGCGCCGGGACUGGGACACCUCCCCCAGAAGUUUCCUUUUGGGUGAGGAGGACAAGGAUGAGGACAGCACCACAGGAUACGAAUGCCAAACCCAAGAGACAGAGGAAUGGGAAGAGGAGGCUGAAGGUGUUGGGGUGCAGCAGGGCUUCUGUGACAAAAAUGAGCAGAAGUAGGAGCAAGGCCUCCAUGCUGCCUGCCCCUGCGUUUGUGUGGGAAUGUGGGAAGAAGCAUCUGAGCAAAUGCAUGGUCUGUACUUCAGAGAUCGUUGAUUAAGGUGAAGCCCUUGAUGCUGGAGUUCAUUCUCCUGCUAUUUGACACUCAGUAGCUUUUCCAUGAAUCUGAAUAAUUUCCUGCCAAAACUCACUGUUUUUUUCCUCAACAUUAAUGUAGAGUUCAAAAAUAAAUGGACAUCUUAUCACUGA